UUAUUUGCAGCUGAGCUGAGCUCCGCCUCCGAGCAGGAAGAGAAACCCCGGCAGAGGCGGCAAAACCAAAACUUCCUCUCUUGCUCCGUCUUUCCUUGCUGGAGGCAGCCAUGGCGGCGGCGGGUGCCCUGAAGCAGGAGCUGUGCGAGGAAGCCUCUUGCUCCGUCUGCCUGGACUUCUUCAGGGACCCGGUGACCAUUGCUGGCUGCGGCCACGCUUUCUGCCGGGCCUGCCUGACCCACAGCUGGGGGGACUUGCAGGGGGCAGAGGCUUCCUGCCCUCUAUGCAGAGGAAGAGCUCACGAGGGGACCCUCCGCCCCAACCAGCAGCUGGCCAACUUGGUGGAAAUUAUCCAGAAACUCCGCCCUUUAGAGGGGAGCACCAAGGAGCAGGGGGGGGGGGGGCAGAAGCGAAAGGGGGGGGGUCUGCGAGCUGCACCAGGAGCCCCUGAAGCUUUUCUGCCGGGAGGACGAGGCCCCCCUCUGCCUGAUCUGCAGCAGAUCCCAGGAACACAGAGAUCACCAGGUGAUCCCUCUGGAGGAGCCUGGUGGAGAGAAAAGGCAGCCAUGGCAGCCGGGGGGCCCGUCCAGGAGCUGUGCGAGGAAGCCUCUUGCUCCAUCUGCCUGGACUUCUUCAGGGAUCCCGUCAUGAUCCCCGAGUGCGGCCACACUUUCUGCCGGGCCUGCCUGACCCACAGCUGGGGGGACUUGCAGGGGGCCGAGGCUUCCUGCCCCCAAUGCAGAGGACCGGCGAAGGAGGGGACCCUCCGGCCCAACUAUCAGCUGGCCAACUUUGUGGAAAUAAUCCAGAAACUCCAUCCGCAGGAGGAGGCUUCCCAAGAAAUGUGGGCUGACCCUCUGGGUGUAUUCUCUGCUGGCCACAGUCUUCACUUGCCCGAGCUUGAUGUUAUCCUGCUGCAAAAUGCCCAGGCAAUGGUGGCCGGUAGAAAAGGGAGAGUUUGCCAGAAGCACCAGGAGCCGCUGAAGCUCUUCUGCAAGGAUGACGAAGCCCUCAUCUGUGUGGUCUGUGACCGAUCCAAGGAGCACAGAGAUCACAAGACCGUUCCUCUCGAGGAGGCCUCCCAAGAAUACAAGACUCACUUCUGCAGCUGUCUGGAGAUGCUGAAGAAGGAGAGAGAAAGAGUCGCGGCGUGUCAAGCAGACAUAGAGAAGGAAAGCCGAGAUUUGCUCGAAAAAACCACAGGAGAGAAGCAAAAGAUGGUAGCCAAGUUCAGGCAACUGCAUUCAUUUCUGGAGGAACGAGAGAAACUCCUGCUGGUGCAGACGGAAAAAGUGGAGGAGACGAUCGCAAGAAACAGGGACCAGGAGCUGGCCAAAAUCUCUGAGGAACUCUCCUCUCUUGAAAGCCUCAUCCGGGAGAUGGAGGAGAAGUGUCAGCUGCCGGCUGGCCAAUUCCUCCAGGAUGCCAGGAGCACCCUGAAGAGGUAUGAAGAAAAGGAGGCAUUUAAGAAUCCAGCGGCUUUUCCUCUUGCACUGAAGUGGAGCAUACGGAGCAUUUCAGAUUUAAAUUCCCUUUUGAAGGGCAUCAUGAAACAAUGCAAAGACGCUCUGAAUUUUGGACUUCACAUGCAGAAAGCAAAUGUGACUCUGGAUCCAAACACAGCUCAUCCCAAACUCAUCCUGUCCGAGAACUGGAAAAGGGUGAGACGAGGAGAAAAAGAUCAAGCUCUGCCUGACAUUCCAGAGAGAUUCGAGAUGUAUGGUGUUGUACUGGGCUGUGAGGGAUUCACAGAAGGCCGCUAUUUCUGGGAAGUCCUUGUGGGAAGCGAGGAAAGAUGGGCUUUGGGGGUGGCCAGAAAGUCUGUGGAGAGGAAGAUGGAAGUUACCUUCAGUCCUGAGAAUGGGAUCUUCGCCGUUGGGAAGUGGUUGGGCAGAUACGGGGCUUUCAUAAAAGGCUAUUACCCUCCCCUGACCCUGAGUGGGGAGCUGAGGCGGAUCCGAGUGUUUCUGAACUACGCUGGGGGUCGAGUGGCCUUUUUCGACGCUGACCGAGCAGCUCUUCUCUUCCAGUUUUCUGGAGCCUCCUUCCAUGGAGAGACCCUCCUGCCUUUCUUUUGGGUGUAUGAAAAAGGCAGCUUCAAACUCUAUUCUUAAAACGAUCUCUUCACACCAGGAGCAUCAAUAAGAAAAUAUUGUUUACCAAGAGCUCCCAUUUUAAGUCCUUUAAUGGCAGCUCCAGGAUCCCACUUACCAAAACUCUGAAGUAAAAUGGAGAGUUUUUUCCUCCAUUUCUGAACAUUCACCUUUUUCCAUUGUUAUCUUAUUUCUGAAACUGACAGUAACGCAUUUCACUUUAUAAAAUAUAACAGGCUGAUUGUAAACUGACCCCCUGCCCUUCCUUAAGUCUCCUCUAGUCUAAGGUGAUCAGAUUGUCAGGAGCAGCAGUGGCGUAGGAGGUUAAGAGCUCAUGUAUCUAAUCUGGAGGAACCGGGUUUGAUUCCCAGCUCUGCCGCCUGAGCUGUGGAGGCUCAUCUGGGGAAUU